CAACGCGUACGCUUUACUCUCGACGAUUGGCUCUCUGCUGAACAAGCCUACUUUAGGAAUUCUGAUCAAAAUACUGAUUUUUUGUAUCUGUUGAUACGAAUUGGCCUUCCUGUGUUGUUAUACACUCCAUCUCGGAUAUACGAUGGUUUUUGCUCAGUUGGUGUGACUUCGCAUGAAGUAAGUCCAAACAGCGUAAUUGGUUUUUUAAGAGAAUUCGAUUCGAGCACAUCUCCUUGCAAAAUUGGCAAUCUCCCAAAAUUGUUGCAAUUCACUGUGGUCGAGAAUAUUCCGGAAUUGAAGGCCCUAGUAGAAUAUUGUCACGAGGAUGAAAAUUUCGGCAAACACUUGGAAGGCUUGCCUUUGUUGUUAACACAAGAUGGCUACCUGAGAAUCUUUGAGUCACGUCAUCCGGUGUUCCGUUCUACAUUUGGGGACCUCGUUCCAACGCAGUCGCACUUGUUUAUUCACUCUGAAAUUGUCCAUCAAAUCCCAUCGGACGCUAUUAAAUCGGAGGAAGAUAUUGUUCGCAGUUUUACUGAAAAAGAUCUCGCACGAUUACUGCCGCACGUGUUUUCAGCUAAAGCGUUGAGCGCCAUCAAUAAUCAUGCAACAUGGAAAUUUCCAAAGGCAGGAAUUUUUUCAGAAAGGUGGUUUAAGCGACUUUGGGAUUUCCUUCAAAAUUAUACAAAGCCUGAGGCCGAUGAAGAAUCUGUUUCCUUAGAAUGCUUAUCAGAAUGGCCAAUUAUUCCGACAACGUGUGGAAAACUUGUGACGAUCAAGGAGGCGAAAUCUGUUUUGGACAUGACAGUUGUUGGAAAUGAGUCGGUGCAACAAGAAAACGUUCGCGCAUUCUUGGUAAAACUGAAGUGUCCAGUACUAAACAAGAAAAUGACAUUUCAAAUGAACUCUCUGGGACUAUUUCGCGCCGUAACUGAUCCUUAUGUUGCUCACCCUCACAAAGUCGAAGAUGUUUUAUUCGUUCUUUGUCACAUGUUGAAGACAAACGAGCUCGACAUCUCAAAGGUUUACGAAGAAGAUAUUCGUGUCUUUCUUCGGUUUGUACAAGAUGACUACGAAAGGUCCGAAAAUUUGGUAAGAUGCAAGAAAAUGGUAAAGGAGUUGCCUUUUCAUAAAGCAUUGGAUGGAAAGUUUGUGACUUUGCUCGGUCGCUAUUCUUCUUAUGCUCUUGUUCCGCCUGGCGUUCCAACACAACAGCUGAAUGAGCUUCAAAACCAAACAGAGUGUCUUUUCCUGAGCUCAGACGCAUUACGUACACUCGAGAAACUCUACACUGAUCUUGGCGUGAAAGGUGGUCAAAAUGUCACACAAUUUUACGUGGAGUAUGUGUUCAAACAUUUCAAGAUUUUCACCAAAGAAAGUCAAAUGGAACAUUUAAAGUACGUAAAGGACAAUGUUUUCCCGUCUUUUCCGCAAGGUGGGUCACCUGACAAGAUCAAAUUCCUAAAGAGCAUGAAAGAAACGCCUUGUAUUCCCGACAAAAAUGACCGCCUGCAUUUCGCAACCGAGUUCUUCGACCCGAAGAACAACCUUUUCAUGGUUAUGUUUGCAGGCGAUGGUGAGAAAUUUCCUCCCCCGCCAUUCAACGAUUUAGAUUGGUUGAAUCUACUUGAAAGUAUUGGACUGCAGGUUGAAGUUACACCUCAAUUAUUCAUUGAAUUUUGUGGAAGUGUUGCCAGGAAUGGUGCAGGUUCUCCUGAAGACCAACUAACCCGUCUGCAGUCUCAAUGGUUAGUAAAGUGUCUUUUUUCGGAGAUGGUUUUGAGAGAUGGGGAAUUCUUAUCACAAGUGUCGCAGAUUAAGUUUGUUGCCUCUGGUGAGGUUGAGGAUGAACUAUCCUCAAUACACGAGCAGUACCAGCGUCAACAUAACAAGUGUCCACCUUUCAUUGAAUUGCGCAAUGCAGUGCCAUGGGAUUUUAGAUAUAUAUCCUGGACUACUGUUCCUGUUCUCCCAGACUGGGCAGAACGAAACCAUAUGGCCGAAUUGAAAAACCUUGGUAUUGCCUGCUCCGGACCUGCUUACACCAUAGUCGUCGAUCACCUGCAAAACCUAGUCAAAUCGUCUUGCCUGGAGUCAGUUGAUAAAGAUCUUUUGAAAAAAAUAACCGAAUCAAUUUAUCGUUUUCUUUUUGGUGCUUUGCAAUGCCCCAGCCGCAACCCUGAUGACGGAUGCAGUGACAUUUGUGUGAAUAUUGGUACUAAACUGAAAGAUAGCUCUUGUAUAUUUCUACCGGAGGAUAACACAUUCGUGACAGCAGGACAAUUGGUAAUGAAACCACCAGAAAAAUUUCCAUUCAAACCAUUUCUCUUCCCUGCACCUACAGAAUUUAAAGAGCUGCAGCAUUUUUUUAUACGACUUGGCGCAACCGAAAAAUUAACACCGUUUCAAAUUGCUUUCUUUUUGCAAUCCAUACACGAACAGGUCGGAGAAAAACUUCUAUCCACUGACCAAGUGAAGAAAAUCAGCCAUGCGAUGCGCAUGAUCUUUCAUUUACUUCACAAACGUAUGAGUGCUGAUGGAAUUGUUGAAUUGUAUUUACCAAGUCAAAGUCAUCAUCUUAUGAAAUCCUGUGACAUGGUUUGCAAAGUUUCACCACGUUUUACGGAAGUGAUUAAGAACCUUCGAUUGCCUAUUCUUUUGCGAUUUGAAGAUUGUGGCCUUACAAAGCCCGCUGAUAGUUAUAUUGAUGCAUUACCGAAGCAUUUAACUCCGAUUAAAUUUGAUGAUGUAGUAAGGGAGGAAGUCGCUUCUGAGUGCAAAAGUUCCACAUGUUCCAAAGCUCGAAGUGGUGCCAUAUGCCAAUUCCAAGAACAAUUUCAAAAUCUUUUACGAUCCGAUGAAUUCCAGAAGGACUGA